AUGCCGGCGGCGGGGUCCGCCGAGGGUGGGGAGGGCGGCGGCGGCGGCGGCGCGGGGGACGCCGCGGUGCCGCUGAGCCCGGCGGAGCAGGCCGGGCCGGGCGCCCCCAAGCUGUGCGGUUACCUGCAGAAGCUGUCGGGCAAGGGCCCGCUGCGGAAUUUCCGCAGCCGCUGGUUCGUCUUCGACCCCCGCCGCUGCUACCUGUACUACUUCAAAGGCCCGCAGGAGGCGCUGCCGCUCGGCCACCUGGAUAUCGCCGCCGCCUGCUUCAGCUACCACCAGCCCGAGGCCGCCGCCGCUACCGGGGACGAGGCCGCCGCCUUUGAGGUGCACAGUCCCGGCGGCACCGUCACCGUGCUCAAGGCUGCUACCCGUCAGGACAUGACAUACUGGCUUCAAGAACUUCAACAGAAGAGAUGGGAAUAUUGUAACAACCUUGAUGUAGCAAAGAGGGACAGCAGAACUUCACCUACACCCAGUGACUUUUCCAAAGGUCUUGUUGCCAAAGACAAUAUAGAUCUGAGUACCCUGAAUCCAAAUGUCUCAGCAGAGAAAGCUAGAAAUGUCCUAGCUGUGGAGACUGCUCCCACGGAACUGGUAGGAGAACAAGCAGCUUGCCAGCCAGCACCAGUCCAACAAAGUGCCAUCAAUUUCUCCCUAAAACAAUGGGGUACUGAGAUCAAAAAUUCAAUGUCUUCCUUAAGAUCUGGAAAAGGAAACAGUGAAAAUCGUAAGAGUGUGUUUUAUACCAGCGAAGAGUGGGAGAUGUUAGAUCCAACCCCAAAGGACUUAGAGGAGUCAAUGGCACUGGAAGAAAGGCGGAAACAUGCAUCAGAAGGAAACAAAGGAGUGACUAGUUCAGCCUUUCCAUUUGAUUUUGGCCGCAUUCCAUACAAAGCAAGACGUCCAUUGAAAGAAAUGAUUGGAUCAAGCAAAAAUCGGAAUAGCAGCGACACAUCCCCAGUUGAAUGGAAUUCUGGAAAUGGCAACAAACUAGCUUCUGAAAUGCAACUAAAGUUUCAAAGCCAGCAAGAAGAGUUGGAAAGGCUAAAGAAAGAUUUGUCGAGCCAAAAGGAACUUGUGCGACUCUUGCAGCAGACAGUUCGGUCUUCCCAGUACGAUAAAUACUUUGCAAGCCGUCUUUGUGAUGGGGUUCCAAAAGACAAAUUAGAGCUGCUACACCAAAAAGAUGAUCAGAUUUUGGGUCUCAACAACCAGCUUGAAAAGCUAAAUCUGGAAAAAGAUAGUCUUCAGCAGGAAGUAAAGAAUCUGAAAUGCAAGGUUGGAGAACUCAAUGAGCAGCUGGGUAUGUUAAUGGAAACAAUUCAAGCCAAAGAUGAAGUGAUCAUGAAACUCUCUCGUCAGCUCAGUGAAUGUGAGGUCAAUCCAUUCUCCCAAAGUGGAACAGCAAAUUCUUCCAUGUCAUCCUCUUUUAACAGGGAACUACAGGAGCUGGACAGACUAAAAGACAAUCUUCAGGGGUACAAAACCCAGAAUAAAUUUUUAAAUAAGGAGAUUUUGGAACUUUCUGCUCUACGAAGAAAUGCAGAAACAAGGGAGAGAGACUUGAUGGCAAAGUGUGCUAGCCUGGAAGCCAAACUUUGUCAGAUAGAAAGUAAAUACUUGAUCUUGCUUCAAGAAAUGAAGACUCCUGUUUGCUCUGAGGAACAGAGACCUACUCAUGAUGUCAUUACUCGAUUGCUCGAAGAUGCAUUAAAAGUGGACAGUAGUGAGCAACCAGAACAAGCUUUCUUUAAACCUUUCCUUGUCAGUGAACAUGAUAUUUAUGGGUUUCAGACAGUCCCAGAAGAUGAUGAGGAAGAGAAAUUAGUAGCAAAGGUGCGAGCCUUAGAUCUGAAAUCCAUUUCUCUCACUGAAAACCAGGAGAUUUCUACAGGGGUAAAAUGGGAAAACUAUUUUGCAAGCACAAUGAACAGGGAGAUGAUAUGCUGUCCAGAAUUGAAGAAUCUUAUCCGCUCUGGAAUCCCGCAUGAACAUCGUUCCAAGAUGUGGAGGUGGUGCAUCAACCUCCACAUUAAAAAGUGCAAGGACAGUACUGAUCCUGGAUAUUUCCAAUCCCUGCUUCAGAAUGCCCUUGAAAAACAGAAUCCUGCAUCCAAACAAAUAGAGCUGGAUCUCUUGCGAACUUUGCCAAACAACAAGCAUUACUCUUCCCCCACUUCUGAAGGGAUCCAGAAGCUAAGAAAUGUCCUUCUGGCAUUUUCGUGGAGAAAUCCUGAUAUAGGAUAUUGCCAAGGUCUCAACAGAUUGGUAGCAAUUGCACUUCUCUACUUGGAACAGGAAGAUGCUUUUUGGUGUCUGGUUACAAUAGUGGAAGUUUUCAUGCCUCGUGAUUAUUAUACUAAAACUCUGCUAGGCUCUCAGGUUGACCAGCGAGUGUUCAAGGAUCUGAUGAGUGAGAAACUGCCACGGUUGCAUGCUCACUUUGAACAAUACAAAGUUGACUACACACUCAUAACUUUCAACUGGUUUCUGGUAGUAUUUGUGGACAGCGUGGUCAGUGACAUCCUCUUUAAAAUAUGGGACUCUUUCCUAUAUGAGGGAUCAAAGGUCAUUUUCCGUUUUGCCCUGGCUCUUUUUAAAUACAAAGAAGAGGAGAUCUUAAAACUGCAAGAUUCAAUGUCCAUAUUCAAGUAUCUCCGAUACUUCACUCGCACCAUUCUUGAUGCUAGGAAACUGAUCAGCAUUGCUUUUGGGGAUCUGAAUCCUUUCCCGCUGCGUCAGAUCAGGAACCGGAGGACCUACCAUUUGGAGAAAGUGCGCUUGGAGCUAACUGAACUUGAAGCCAUUCGUGAGGACUUCCUGCGUGAACGGGAGACCAGCCUAGACAAAAGGGACCUUAUUAGUGAUGACGAAGAAGAUAGUUGAGAGAAUUCUUUGACUUGAGCUCUCUUUUUGGAAUCGUGACCAAAGCUUAUUGAAUGGGGUAACUUCAAAUACACUUCUAUUUUAUUAAUCCUUUAAAACUGAAUGUUAAAUAGUAGCAUUUGGAAAUAUGCAGGACAGAUUUCCAAACCUCAGCACUUUCUUUCAAAAAUAUUGUUUUGUAUCGGAGGCCAAACAGUUCUGUUUACACCUGUGUUCAUGCCACUGUAUAGAGCACUUAAAAAUUAGUCUUUCAAUCAGUUAAACAGAUGAGUUGCCAGUUGUUCUUCUGAAGUGCCUCGUCACAGUGCCUGAAUGUGAAGAAGUAGCAUAGAAAAGUCCUUGCUCUUUUAAUCUACCAUUUUGUCUCAUUUCUGAACUUGUAUAUUAUACUGAACAUAGUUAUAAAUUUGCAUAGCACAGCCCCACAACAUAAAAAGACAUCAUUUUUCAAUUUCAGGCAGAUGCACAAAACUGUCUUUCAUAGUAUUGUCAUGAAUAAAUCAACCAUUAUUUCUGUUACAGCUGAGAGGGUAUGGAAUGGAACACAGCAAGAGCUUUCACGUUGCUCUGUUUCUCUAAAGGCAGCAUGAAAAAGGGAUAGCUAAAAAGAAAGUGUGUGUGUGUGCAUAUAUAUAUACUUUAAAUGAGUAUUUGUUUUUUAUUUUAUCUUUCAGACUACUUUAAUUACAGUGCAAAACAUAAUGGUUGUAUUUAUUUUGAACAGCUGUUUUAUAUUAUCAGAUUCCCCUUAAUGCAGAGGGAAAUGUCCAUCAUGUUCUGCCAUUUAAUCUUUUUGUUUUUCUUCUGGCCACAACUUCUCAAAAAAAUGACAAGCAGCUGUUAAGGAGAUGGAGUUCACCACAGGAGUCCCACAAACAUGUAGCAGAUUUUCUGUUGCUUAUGUUGUAACGUUUGUUUUUUAAUAAGUCCUAUUCUUCUCUCUGUUUGGGGUCUAUACUAGGAUGAUGUUUGGAUUUUAGAAAAGCACCCAAGGGAACAACUUUUUUCAUGAAUAAAAACUAUACAUUGCAAUGUUUACAUUACAGUAUUCUUAGAAAGGAAAACAAAUUUAGAAGUGCAUCAGAGCAAUCUAAAGGCCACAGAGCCUGUGAAGAAGUUGGUUAACAUUCUUUUUUUGUGGAAAUAAACCCUAUACACACUUCCAGAAACAUGCUGCUGUGAAUGCUGUAUGCAUAUGUAUCCACAAGAGAGCUCAGGAAACAGACAGUGUUAUUCCCCUAGCAUUGUCUCUGGCAUUGUGACUAUGAAUAGCUUGUUGGGUACCACUGUUUCACUUUGUGAUGUAUGCUGUUAGAAGGUUAGCUAGAGAACCUGAUGGAUUUUUCUUGCUUUGUUCUUAUUCUGUUUAGGUUUGUUUGAUAGUCUUCUUUCCCAAGCUUUUCCCAGCUUUUCAAUCAUCAGAAUGUCUGUUUGAUCUAAACAUUACCUUUGUGAGGGCAACAUAAAAUAAGAAGUCAAACAAAAGUCAUUAAAUAUCUCUCUCUCUCUCUCUCAAAGGUGUUUUCCUUUCCUUGGCAAUAAAGCAGUGAGAAUUGCAGUAGCAGUUUAAAGUAUCAGAUUUCAAUAACCUUCCAUUCAGCUGUUAGAUGGUAUAUUUAUUUACUCUUCUAUUUCAGUCCUAUUCGUGUAAAAAAGGUUAGAAUAUUGUGGGAGGAGUGGGGUGGUAUUUCACAACACUUUUUUUUUUCUUUUUUUUUUUUUUUAAUUUCUGUUGGCUUGGCUGAAACUUGGUUAAAGAUAUUUUGCUUUUCAACAAAUAUUUCCUUUAUACAGAAAUUGUCCGGUGUUAAGCCUGAACAGAAUAAGAUCAACGCAUAUCAUGUAACUUGAAAAUCUUGGUUAGAUAUAUAUUGAAAGACUUUGUUUGUUUGUUUGUUUAACUAGCAAAACAUAUAAGUUCAAAUACGCAACAAGCCCUUAUGCUUAUUAGAGAAAACUGGAAUGAUCUUCAGAAUUAUUUCAGUUGUGUUUUAAAACAUUUCUAGCAUGAAUAGUACAAGCAGUAAAUUUCUUACUUGCACCUUUUGCCUUAUACUUGAAUUUACUAGGCAAGUUUUUCAUAUUAUUGCAUGUUCUGUAUUUCUGUUAUACUUACUACUACAAUGAGUAUUUGAAUAUACAAAUCAGACCAACUUUUUAAAUGUUCUGAUUGUUUGUUGUCAGUGUCUUGGAGGAGCUGGUCUCUAACCAGAUCUGUGUCUCUACUUCUUUUAAAAAAAUUUUCAAGCGUUAAAUGAAAUCCGUCCAUUUUUGUAAACUUGUUUAAGUUCUUCCUUAGCAUAGCAACGUUGAAAAUACUAGGUUGGAACAUUUUGCUAGCCUACCAUUUGUUGAGAUCUUGCUAUUUUGAGCCUUAAUUACAGACCAGUUAAGUGAUGUUACAAACGUUUUCAAACUGAAUGCACAAAAGCCCUCAGGUGAUGAAGAGAAAACUGUUAACUUCUGAACCGCUGUUCAGGAUGUUCCCCAUAGCUGACAAGUUUAUGGAGGAGUAGAGAUGACUUGCAAUGUUGCAGGCCCCUUCCUUGUAAGAAAUGAUGUUGCUGAUGGUUAAAUUUAAUUUCUUGUGUUCCUGCAGUUUGUAUUAAAUGUUAUUGCUGGGGUAUAAAAGUUGUACAGUAACAUUGAAUGACUGUUUACUGUUUUGAACCGCAAGUAUGUAAAAUCUGAUACACAGAUACCAUUUGUUCAAAUUGUUUUGUUGGGUACCAGAUGUGAAAUGAGUUGGUGGCUUCAGUCAGGUUCUCUGUAGCCUGGUGCUUACAUCUCAAUUUUUGGGCAGAAGGGCCAAAAAUUUAAAUGGGCAAUAAAGACUGAACUGUACUCUCAUUCCUAGAAAUCCCUGCAGAACAGGAGUGAGGUGCAUAUAGUAGGAGGCAGUGGCAGGGGAAGGUUGCUUUGCUAUUGUCCAUCCUGCUCUGUGGCCAAAUAAAGGGUUUUGAGUGUUGCUUAAUCUGGUGGCUUUCAAGAGCACUAAUGUUCACCUUUUUAAAUGAACACGCAAGGUUACAUACAUUCAGUAUCUUCAUCAGGUGACAUCAGACACAUAUGGAGUGACCUUCAAAAGCUGGAAUUUGUCAACAAAUAAUAUUAACAUUAUAGGACCAACUUUCAAAACAGUGCAUGAGGAUUUAAGUGUGCAUCCCUGCCAUUGUUUUGGAAAUAAACCCCUUAAUGAAAAUAAUAAAGAUCAACUUAAAAAUUGAUGACCAAAUAUCUUUUUGUAUGUUUAACAUCUUGUUUAAUGCUUUCAUGUCUCUUCACUACAACACUUUUACAGACUUUAAAAAAUAAUUUCAAGGUUAUGUACAUAUGUGCAAAAUAUUUGUUAUGCAUGGCUCACAUUGUGUGUUUAUGUAAACCAAGCCACUAAAUUAAAAUCCUGCAGACUAUUCUUCCCUCACCCAUUAUGCAUGAUUCAAAACACAAAGUAACUUGUAAAAAAUGUUGUCUUCUGUUACAUUAUACAGAGAAAUAUGGUGCAUUAUAAAUCUUAGCUAUUAUUAGGACUGCACAGUAUUCCCUUUCCACCUAUGCGUACAGUAUUAUAAUCCAGUAUUAUUGGAUAGGUUCUUUUACCAAUUAAAAUUAUAUAUGUAGUUAAGGAGAAAGAAUUUGCUUUGUCAUUGUUCUUCUGUAGGUGUACAGGUAUGUACACAUAGUAGGGUGUCUGAGCAAUAAGAAUAGGAUUUUGUGGUUUGAAACAGCUAGAGUAAGAGCAUUCUUGAAUUUGACAAAUAAGUCAUGUUCACAAUCCAUGCCAGUUUGUUCUGUUAAACUGUUGAGAAAUGAAACUAGUCACUUUUUCUACUCUGGAGCUAUAUACAGAUGUUUAAAUAAAACUUAGUACCCAUAUUUCAUAAACAAUCAAUGGUACAUGGUAUAAUAAAUCACUUUCAAUCACAAAACUUAACUGAUCUUAUUUUGCUAAAGAUUAUUGUAAGAUUGAAAGAAAAAUAAACCAUUUAUUACUUUGCAUUAUAA